GUCGUAAUUCCUAGUCUGCUUUUACAGAGGUGUAGGAGGUAUAAUAAUAAAAAAUGCAAAAUCUUGGCCAGUAUUUCACCAUAAACAGUAGUAGUAAUUGUAGUUUAUAGUUGUCUAUAAAUAUACAACUUUUAGAAUGAUGGUGUCCCACUGCAGACAGCAGGUCUUUUUUUAAUCAUUUUUUAUCACCACUGCCUAAUGGUUAAACAAAUGCCUACCUGUUAAGUUAAUUAGGGAAAAAGAAUGUUUUUUUUUUUCAUUCCCUGUCAUAUAUUUUGAGCUAUGACAGAUUUAAUGCCUCAUAAUCCAGACUGUGUCAAGUUUUCACCUGUUACCCACGUGCAGCCACACCUGCAUUUAUAAAUAAUUAGCCUCCAGCCGGUCGAGCUACCUCCUUGUGCAACCAGUUUCCCCACUAGCAACACUGCAUUUUUCUCAUGCUGUUCACAUCCCCACACAUUAUUUCGAUUUGUCUGAUAGAGAAUUUGAAAAAAAUGUCAUUAAACACUCAUGUCGUCGAUAGAACGUGCAGCUUCUACGCAGCUAGUUUGUUUCUGCCUCCUUCUCUGAUUUUUGUCGCAUUGGACUUAAAGGAGAAGCAGAGUUAAUCGGAGUAGCACCCCAAGUUAUAGACGGUGGCUGCCUUUCUACAAGCUAGCUGUAUGGACUAUGUCAGAAUCAUGACUUUGAGUGAGUCGGCCGUGUCCUCCGCUGAAUUUAAGUGACAGACGUGACGCUUGAAAACCCCGACAGGGAGCUCGAGACACCCCGAGAGGAAGCGUCUAAAGCCGGGGACCAAACUGGAAGACGUCCGGCUGGUCGGCUGAGCAGCAGGGAGACUCACAACACAGAGGGACGCAGUGAAGGACACAGGGGUCGCCUGGUCAGAUAACUCACCUCUCCUGGAUCAUGGGUAACCAAAAUGGGAAAGACAGCCACAGCAGCGCAGGCUCUCCUCUUGAUUUCUUCCACACGCCUCCCACCACGCCCUCAGAUGCCGAGCUGACUGCCAUGGCCUUGUCCUCUGCAGCUCCCUCUAACAAGGCACAGACGCCGUCACCAGCCGGCAGCAGCACCACCCCCUCCACCACGUCUCCAAUCGCAGACUGGACUCAAAAGCUGUCUGCUCCUUCAGAGUGGGCUGUGAUAAGCGUGGACAGCAUCACUUGCUCAGAGGCUAAUGUGAGCAAUGCAGCAGCAGAGCAUAAGAAGUCAGAGCUCAGUCCUGUAUCUCCCCCUGUAUCCCGAGCAUCGCCUUCGAAGCAGAGCUGGCAGGAGCGGGACAGCGGGGUGGAGCCGCAGGCUGCCGUAGAGAGAGCAGGAGAGGAGAUGACCCUGGUUUUACUAAGUCUGAUGGAGCACUACAGGGCCUCUCUGGGUCUGAGCCCCAACACGGAUUUAACCACAGGAGCAGUAGAGCUGCUCAGGCGCCUGAUAUCAGAAAAAGAUGAACUGGUUGACGAGUUGGAUGCACUGAAGGAGACACUCAGGACAGAGAGACAGGAGUGGCAUCAGUUCCAGUGUGACCUGCAGGUUGCAGUGUCUGUAGCCGACCGGCUGCGCUGUGAGUCAGAGCAGGCUCUGGAUCUGCUGCAGGAGAGCCACAGAGCUGUAAAGGAGCAGCUGGCUCAGGCCCUCAGCAGACAACAGGAGAAGGAGCAAGAGCUGGAGACUUUGAGAGCCGAGCACAGAGACAUCUGCCACAAACUCACCGAGCUCUCAAAGCAGCAGCAACUGGAGCGAGCCGAGCUUGAUGCCCUGAGGAACAACUGCAGAGUGAAAGAUGUGAUAAACUGUGAGGUACAGGCAGAAAGACAAAACUCUGAGAAGGAGCAGGGUGAGGAAAUUCAGAAAGUUAUAGUGGACAAACAGAGGGGGAAUGAAGACAAAGAUGAUGUUAAAAACAUUAAAAACAAAGAGGAGAAUGGAACAACUAAAGAGUUGGAAACCAAAGUUGUUGAUCAAGAGGUUGAAGAGGCAAAUGGAUCAGGGAGCCAGCAGCUGAAAGGGAAAGGAGUUGCGGAGGGGUACCUUCGCAGUUUGGCUGCACUGGAAAAGAGGAAGGAUGAGGGACAUGGGCAGAAGGAUCCAAGGAGGGUUGUGAUGCUGUCUGAAAGAUCUUGGAGUCUCUCUCGUCUCCCACUGCCUUGUGACCCUUCAAAUGAAAAUGGGACCCCAAAAAACACAAGCACAACGUUACCUCUAUGCAAGAAAGAAGAACUUCCAAACAGGAGAAGGAUGGACCGUGUUUUACAGCGGCAGGACAGCUGGUCCAGUUUUUACACAGGUAAACAGGAAGAGGAUCAAGGCCCAGAUUCUACCAGACCUCAGGAUGGUUUCAGUGCUCUGCUGAAACGUCAUGGCGGCUCCAGAAGAAACUCCCUGCUGCGCUGGUGCCAGAGUCGUACCCAGGGUUAUAAAAAUAUUGAGAUCACAAACUUCAGCAGCAGCUGGGAGGACGGCUUGGCAUUCUGUGCAGUUUAUCACACAUUUUUACCAAGUCACAUCCCGUAUGACACUCUCAAUCCAGCAGACAAGAAGAGAAAUCUUGGCAUUGCUUUUAAGACUGGAGAGAGUGUGGGAAUCACAGCCACUCUGACCGUGGAGGAGAUGCUGAAGGCGGACGGACCAGACUGGCAGAAGGUUCUGGGUUACGUUGAGAGCAUUUUCCGUCACUUUGAGAUGUGAUGGCAGUCUGUCCUCUUCCUCCUCACCUUGUUGUUACUGAAGGAACAAAAUAGUAUUCACCACAAGAGGGAGCUCUGCUCUAACCAAACUCUUCAGUCAAGAUUUAAAAUGUUAGCAAUAUCAGAUUUUAUGGUGGGAUUUUAUGUAUCAAUACACAAACAGGAUUGACACCCAGAUAGAAGAAACUGCACCGUCAUGAAGUAUCUUAUUCUCUACAUCCUAUCUGCUCAAAUCUAAAAAGCUGCUGGGUAGUAAG